CUAUCAUCCGUCUCUCUCAACUCUCUACUCUCUCUCUCAUCGGCUUCGUUUCGCGGCCCUCAAAGCCCUGCGUCCGAUUUCUCACCUCGCAAAGUCGAAUUCGAUUUUGUCGGCGGCGAAGAAAUCUCCUAUUUUUACGGAUGUCCAACUGCCAGAAAUUUUUUGCCAGUGAUGCAAGUUUCUUUGAGUUAAUGUCCUGCAGCUAUUGAUUUAGGAACAAUAUUCUUGAGAUAGCAUACAAUGGAUCGCUGCGAUACAUCAGGUUUUGUUAGUGGGGGUGUGUUGUAUGUUUGUUUGACCUAUUUUAUUACUCCCUUUUAUCCCAGAAGCCAGGUGCACCGAUCUACAAAGCAGCAGGUUUGAAUGUGAUAGGCAGAAUGUUUCUUUGAACUUGGGUGCUGCAUCUCUUGUUUUGAAAAAGGAAUAUACUGAAGAUUUCCUAGCAUGGAUCGUUGUGAUACGUCAGGCUUUGUUAGUGGGGGUGGGCUUUGGUCUUUUGGUGACUUUUGAAUCUAUUGUGUUUCUGCUUUUUAACCACCAGAAGGUGGACUGUUCUUCCACAAUUUUUAUCAGAUAGCUGUGUUUCCUCUAGCCUCUAGGUUUACAUGGAAAACACCCUUCCGCAUUUUACACGUAAUUCAACAGCAAAUGAAUCCAAGAAUCUGAGUGAACUUUGUAAUGCUGGCGCCAGCUAUUCCAGAGACACUGCCUUACGAAUUGAUGCCCCUACUAUUUCAGUUUCUCACCUUUCCCAACCUCAGCGAGGUAAAAGGAAACAGGGUGCUGGUGAUAAAUCCAUGGGCCUUCUAGAUGGCUCUUUGCUGGAUCUUGGUCUAGGCCAUUCACCAAGUUCCUCAGCAAGCAAAGGAAGCCUAUCAUCGCUGGAUCUUAGUUUGAAUUUCAACCCCCACCUUGGAAAUGAGAAGAUACCGAAUCCGUCAAAGACUUCUUGUGUUACUCCCAAGCCACUACAAGUGCAAAGACCCAAGCUUGACCUUGAAUUAAGCCUGUUAACUGGGCCUGCCAAAUCUGACAUCACUAGCAUUACUGCCAGCUGCUGCAUUGCUCCAAAUUCCACCUCGUUUCUGAAUAAUGUUGAGAUACCUGUCAUGGCUAGUACAGUUGAACUAGUGGAUGAAGGAUCGACAUCAUCUCGCUGGAAAUUUGGGCAUCUGGUGCGCCCUUUACAAACCCUGCAGAACACAGAGAUUACCACUGCUUUUGACCAUGUUAUUGGGAAUAUGAAUAAAUCUCUAGUUGUUCCAAAUCCCUUAUCAACCAUGGUAACUGUACCUAAAGGAUCAGCCAGCAGUGCCUCUGGGUUAAUUCGUCCACAACAGCAACGCAACUCCAAUGUGAAAACCUGCCAGAUUGAGGGCUGUGGAAAGGGAGCAAGAGGUGCCUCUGGUCGUUGCAUUGCUCAUGGUGGUGGCCAAAGGUGUCAAAAACCCGGCUGUCAGAAGGGAGCUGAAGGCAAGACUGUGUUUUGCAAGGCUCAUGGGGGUGGCCGGAGGUGCCAACAUCUUGGAUGCACAAAGAGUGCUGAAGGCCGCACUGACUUCUGUAUUGCCCAUGGUGGUGGUAGGCGAUGCAGUCAUGAGGACUGCACCCGGGCUGCAAGAGGGAAGUCCGGUUUGUGUAUUCGCCAUGGUGGUGGCAAGAGGUGUAAGGUGGAAAAUUGCACGAAGAGUGCAGAGGGGAUUUCUGGAUUGUGCAUCUCUCAUGGAGGUGGGCGUCGCUGCCAGCAUCCAGCAUGCACAAAGGGUGCUCAGGGGAGCACAAUGUUCUGUAAAGCACACGGUGGGGGCAAAAGGUGUACAGCUCCUGGGUGCACAAAGGGUGCUGAAGGGAGCACACCGUUCUGCAAGGGUCAUGGUGGCGGGAAACGGUGUACAUUUGAAGGGGGUGGUGUCUGCCCAAGGAGUGUGCAUGGGGGAACCUUAUUCUGUGUGGCUCACGGUGGGGGUAAGAGGUGUGCUGUACCUGAAUGCACCAAGAGUGCGAGAGGGAAAACAGCUUAUUGUGUUCGUCAUGGUGGAGGAAAAAGGUGCAAACACGAAGGUUGCGGGAAGAGUGCACAAGGCAGCACUGAUUUUUGCAAGGCUCAUGGUGGAGGAAAACGGUGCUCCUGGGGCCAGGUGGGAUUGGGAUUUGGUGAUCAAGCUGCUGGCCCUUGUGAUAAGUUCGCUAGGGGUAAAAGUGGCCUCUGUGCAUCCCACAGUGCUCAAGUUGAAGAUAUGCGAGUUCAUGGUGGUGACACACUGGAUUCUACACUGCAAAACCCAAAACAUAGUGUAAUUGAGAAGAUGAAGGAUCCUGUUUCUGUCGGUAAGAGUCUCACAUAUGGCAUAAAGACACUGGUCAGUGGAGGAAACUUGGUAGGUCUGAAUGAUAGUGAAUUAAGGGGACAUGGACCCCAAAUGAUUUCCAUGCAGAUUUCCCGGCAUGCGAACUUUGGUAGUGAAAAAGCUGCUCCAGCUCAAUUUUCACUUCCGGAAGGUAGGGUGCAUGGGGGAAACCUUAUGGCCAUGCUUAGAGGCAAUUCUGGCAUUGGAUCAAGCAGUGAUAUGUUGGAGACAGGCUUGAACGUGUGAUUAUUGGUUGACUCGUCAGGGGAGAGCUCUCAACGAGUGCCGCACAACCCUUACUUGAGUCCUAUUUUGGGGGUCCAUGACACAUGGCAUGCAAGGAAACACAAUUCCUAAUUAAGCAGGAGCAUCAACGAUAGGAGAUUGUACAUAGUCCAACCCAGGGACAAACUAUGGCACAGAUUUGACAUAAAUUGAGCUCUAGCUUAAUGCUUCUAAAAGAGGCUAGCAUGCAACGACGAAAGCAAAGUUUGAGCAUGUUAAGGAUUGGUGUUUCAAGGAUAAACCUUUAUGACCCAUGUUCGACUUUACUCCCACCCCCAUCACCCCCCACCACCAAAGGAAAAAAAUAAAAAAGAAAAAGGAUCCAAACUGGUUAGUUUAGUCAUGAUUCGGCUGAUUCACAAGCUGUUACACCUUAUUUUGACCUUGUGAAGAAGGUAAAUGACUAGUUCUGAGAAAUUUUACCUGCAACAAA